AUGCUCUCUCGUAUUCGUCUUUCCGACAAGCUUGCACCAAGACUUUUAUAUCCGGUUCGUAGACUUACAUCAACUACCAAAGAAAAAGACAAAUCAGGAUACGAAAAGACUAAACCAUACAACAGUACUGAGCAGACAAACACAACGACCACAAAUGAAGUGGCUGAUACAGACACUGCAUACAGUGGAAAGAACGUUGAUCCACAUGAAGAAUUGAAGCAAGCAAAGAAAGAGAAAAAGAAGGACAUACUGGAUCGUAGUGCUGCCAACGAAAGCGUAAGUCAGACUACAGACCACAAAUCUCAACAGCCCGUGGGUUAA